AUGGAACUUUCCGCAUUCUCCAACUUCAAACUUGUUUCUAAUUCUUCCCUUUUCCAUUUCACCUCGAAUCAAUUUCGCUCCCGAUUCUCUCUUUCUCUUCGUCACUACCAUUAUGGCUGUCGGUGUCGCAAUUCAAAAUCGGUACCGCAGAUCAGGAUGUACUCGGAGAAGCUUCAGCCGUCGAGCGGUUACGGUGGAGUUGAUAUCCGAGAAAACAAAUCCGAUUUCGUCGAAGUGAUUGCCAUUGGCGGUAGGAAGGACGCGGUUCUUGAUUUCUGCUUGAAUUCGCCAUUUCAGUUGUCUUCUCUGCGCUUUUGGAAUGUCAUUGUAAAAGAUUCACAGGAUGUGCAACUACAACAAAGGCCUACUAAAAAAGAACCUUGCUCAGGAAUUCUCAAAGCUCAAGUAUUUAUGAAGUCAUGCUCAAAGACCAUUGUCCUUGUGGCUAGUGCAGGAUAUGGAUCAGACCACACCGUCGCUGUUGAUAUUUUUGAAACUAUAAGGUCCAUAAAUGGACUCACAGUUGCUGUAGUUUUGAAGCCAUUUAGCUUUGAAGGGUUGAGACGAAAAGAUGAGGUAAAAGUUUUGAUGGGGAAACUUAAGGAGAAUACUAAUUUACUUAUUGAAAUUGACAUUGAUGCACUUCUCAAAAAAGACUUGUUGACUCUAGAUGAGGCUAUGAAGACUGCAAAUGAUGCUGUUUUGCUAGCUAUUAAGGCCAUAUCAGUUCUAAAAUCAGAAAUGCACAGAAAAUUUAUAGAUAGAUUGCACAAUAGCAUGGAAGAAGCCUGCAAUUCAGAAAUUAUUAAAAUAUUGGAAUGCUAUAAAGAAGCCAGAAUUGGAUUCGGGGCUGCUUAUAAUAUCAAAACUUCAAUUUUGCAGUCUAUAUUUGAUAGUCCUUUCCUGGGUGCUUCUUUGAAGGAUCCAAAUAGUGCAGUUAUAUGCAUUAUUGCGUGUUCUGAACCCAUCAAUGAUAGUGAUAUAGCAGUCUUUCUGCGUACUUUCCGUCAAACAACAGAAUACACGAGGGAUAUUAUAAUAUCAACAGUACUUGAGCCCGAUGUCGAGCCCAACCUACUAAUCACAACUGUCCUUACACUUGGAUUAACCGUGCAACAACCUUCCCAGAAUGGUGGUAUACUAUCCAAACUUGCCCGGCAUUUUCCUCUUGUUUUUAGCUUUUGGGGAAGACAUAGUAUGCCACAAAUUGUCUCUGGGAAAGAGGAUGCAGUAUCUUCUCAUGAAAUGAUGAGAUCUUAUAACAUUGAUGAGGGGGAAAGUGUGGUUAUUCCCAGUACUGUUGAUGACAGAUUUGACAAGCAGUAUGCAGAGUUGGCGGCAGAUGUGAGCAACAACAGCUCAAAGUUCUCUGUUUCAAGGGAUUCUGAAGAAAAUGAAGAUUCAUUUGACAACAUAGCCAAUUCUCCUAUCCCUUAUGAUUCCAUUAAAGAAGAAGACGAAUCUGCUUUUCAGAGGGAACAGCUUGGAAACUGGAAUCUGGGCCCUGGAUUUGAAGUGGCAAAAGAGUGGGCCCAAGAAAGGGAAGCUGAUGUUACACCAGUGGUUGAUAGCCUAAGCAUAUUCCACCUUCCUGUUGGUGUGAGGCCUUCAGAAGAGUUGAAAGACAGUCUAGAAAUCUCAUAUAUGUCAAAAAAGCACGAGCCAGAUGCAGGCGUGGAAGCAGUGAUGGAAUUUACAUCUUCACUUUUGAAGGCAAAACGUGCUAAUAGUAAUAAGCCAAAGAAGCACGGUGUUCUGUCUGUUCGUGCUGCAUCUAUGCUGGAGGCAGAACGCGAUUUGUCAAUAAAGUGGAGUCCUGUUGUGGAAAUACAAUAUAGGGGAGGAAGAUACAAGGGACGAUGCCAAGGUGGUCUGCCUGAAGGGAAGGGGCGUCUUGUUCUUCGAGAUGGAAAUAUCUAUGACGGUUUAUGGCACAGUGGCAAGAGAUCAGGUCCAGGAACAUUUUAUUUCAAGAACGGAGAUAUGUUUCAAGGAUCGUGGAGGGAUGAUGCCAUGCACGGCAAGGGUUGGUUUUAUUUUCACACUGGUGAUCGGUGGUUUGCAAACUUCUGGAAGGGAAAGGCAAAUGGAGAGGGGCGGUUUUAUACAAAGUCUGGUGAUGCCUUCUUUGGCAGUUUCGAAGACGGAUGGCGACAUGGCCAGUUUCUUUGUGUGAAUGCAAAUGGAACGAGGUACACUGAAAUUUGGGAGCACGGUGUUCUUGUAGACAGCAAGCCUUUAGACAGAUGA